AAAAUCUCUUUCUUCUCACACAAGAAAUAAGGAGUUGGGUAUUAUAAAUACCCACUCCGGUGAAUCGUUCUCUCCGUUUCCCAUCUUUCUUUCUUCUCUCUGUUCAUCGUUUUCUCUGCUCAAAUCUAUCUUGAAUCUUCUUGAAGAUGGCUAACCAACAUGAAUCUUCUGAUUCAAAGGGAACGAAGAGGGAUUUCAGUACUGCAAUUCUUGAAAGGAAGAAGUCUCCGAAUCGGCUUGUCGUUGACGAGGCCAUCAAUGAUGAUAAUUCAGUGGUGACCUUACAUCCAGAUACGAUGGAGAAGCUCCAGCUUUUCCGUGGUGAUACCAUCCUGAUCAAGGGAAAAAAACGGAAGGAUACGAUUUGCAUUGCCCUUGCUGAUGACACGUGUGAUGAACCAAAGAUCAGGAUGAAUAAGGUCGUCCGAUCAAAUCUGAGGGUUAGGCUUGGUGAUGUUGUUUCUGUCCACCAAUGCCCGGAUGUCAAAUACGGGAAGCGUGUGCACAUACUUCCUGUGGAUGACACAAUUGAAGGUGUCACUGGGAAUUUAUUUGAUGCCUAUUUGAAACCUUAUUUCUUGGAAGCAUAUCGCCCGGUUAGGAAAGGUGAUCUAUUCCUUGUUAGAGGUGGAAUGAGGAGUGUUGAGUUUAAAAUCAUUGAGACUGACCCAGCAGAUUACUGUGUGGUUGCUCCCGAUACUGAGAUAUUUUGUGAGGGCGAGCCAGUUAGAAGGGAGGAUGAAGACAGGUUGGAUGAAGUGGGUUAUGAUGAUGUUGGUGGUGUGAGAAAACAGAUGGCUCAGAUACGAGAACUUGUGGAACUUCCUCUAAGACACCCACAGCUCUUCAAAUCUAUCGGUGUGAAGCCCCCUAAAGGAAUUUUGUUGUAUGGUCCUCCAGGUUCCGGAAAGACUUUGAUAGCGAGGGCUGUUGCCAAUGAGACUGGUGCCUUCUUCUUCUGUAUUAAUGGACCAGAAAUUAUGUCCAAAUUAGCUGGAGAGAGUGAAAGCAAUCUCAGGAAGGCAUUCGAAGAAGCUGAGAAAAAUGCGCCAUCUAUUAUCUUCAUUGAUGAAAUUGAUUCUAUAGCACCUAAGCGAGAGAAGACAAACGGAGAAGUUGAAAGGCGCAUUGUUUCUCAGCUCUUGACACUGAUGGAUGGGUUGAAAUCUCGUGCUCAUGUUAUUGUGAUGGGGGCUACAAACCGGCCUAACAGCAUUGACCCAGCUUUGAGAAGGUUUGGAAGGUUUGAUAGGGAAAUUGACAUUGGUGUUCCAGGAUUGAGUUGGACAAAGAAUAUGAAGUUAGCUGAAGAUGUUGACUUGGAAAGAAUAUCAAAGGACACUCAUGGGUACGUUGGUGCUGACCUUGCUGCUCUCUGUACUGAAGCUGCCCUUCAAUGUAUCAGAGAAAAGAUGGAUGUCAUUGACUUAGAAGAUGACACCAUUGAUGCUGAGAUACUUAACUCUAUGGCUGUCACAAAUGAGCACUUCAAAACUGCUCUUGGAACAAGCAAUCCCUCUGCCCUUCGUGAAACUGUUGUUGAAGUGCCUAAUGUGAGCUGGGAAGACAUUGGUGGGCUUGAAACUGUCAAGAGGGAGCUUCAAGAGACUGUCCAAUAUCCUGUGGAGCACCCUGAGAAAUUCGAAAAGUUCGGUAUGUCACCCUCGAAAGGAGUACUUUUCUAUGGUCCUCCUGGUUGUGGGAAAACAUUAUUAGCCAAGGCGAUUGCAAAUGAAUGCCAGGCCAAUUUCAUUAGUGUUAAGGGUCCGGAGUUGCUCACUAUGUGGUUUGGUGAGAGUGAGGCCAAUGUACGAGAGAUCUUUGACAAGGCCCGUCAAUCUGCACCUUGUGUCCUUUUCUUUGAUGAGCUUGAUUCAAUUGCUACACAGAGAGGGAGUAGUGUUGGAGAUGCUGGUGGUGCAGCUGAUAGGGUCCUGAACCAACUCCUGACUGAAAUGGAUGGCAUGAAUGCAAAGAAGACAGUUUUUAUAAUUGGUGCCACCAACAGGCCCGACAUAAUUGAUCCUGCGUUGCUGAGGCCGGGCCGCCUUGAUCAGUUGAUUUAUAUUCCUCUGCCAGAUGAAGACUCCCGUUAUUCAAUUUUUAAGGCCAACCUGAGGAAAUCACCCAUUUCAAAGGAUGUGGACAUUAGGGCUCUUGCAAAAUAUACUCAAGGCUUUAGUGGGGCUGAUAUUACAGAGAUAUGCCAACGUGCUUGCAAGUAUGCCAUUAGAGAAAAUAUUGAGAAAGACAUUGAAAGGGAGCGAAGGAGAAGUGAUAACCCUGAGGCAAUGGAGGAGGACAUUGAGGAUGAAGUGGCGGAGAUUACACCAGCACACUUCGAGGAGGCAAUGAAGUAUGCACGGAGGAGUGUGAGCGAUGCUGAUAUCCGAAAGUACCAGGCAUUUGCGCAAACAUUGCAGCAAUCAAGGGGGUUUGGGACUGAGUUCCGAUUCGCUGAGUCUGGAUCUGGGGCUACUGCAUCUGACCCAUUUGCAACUUCAGCUGGUGGAGCUAACGAGGAUGAUCUUUACAGUUAAACCUCCGUUUGUUUUAUAUUCUGGUAUAUCCAGACAUUAUAUCUCUGUCUAAUGCUUCCCUGGAAGAUUGGGUUGAGCCAUACUAUUAUUUAUAAGCCUCCUACUUAGUGCAGUGGGGUUUUAGACACCAUUGGUAUUAUUUUCUGUAAGAAGUUUCCCUAGAUCGCAUGGUGAAGUUCACUAAGUGAUACUAAGGUUGGAGAUCCUGUGUCCCCCCUUCCCCCCUCGAGUGGCCCUGAUGCCAUGCAAAAAACGGGUUUCUGUUCA